UAAAACCGCCCCCAUACGAGAAGCUCUGUUCCAUCCAUUGUCAGAGUAACACCAAACACAAGUCAGUUCCUUGACCUUCACACGCCGCCAACAAACACAGAUAACCACACGCUUCCGCCAUUCGAUCCGACCAUCAAGCUUUCCGAUCACCACCACCAUGAGCUCUCGAAUGGCCGGAGCCACGCUUCUGCGCCACCUGGGCCCCCGCCUGUUCGCCGCCGCGGAGCCGGCGUCCGGGCUCGCCGCGAGGAGCAUCAUGGCGCCCGCGGCCGCCAGGAUUCUCCCCGCCCGGAUGGCCAGCACAGCCUCCGCCGCCCCGGAUGCCAAAGAAGGCGCCAGCGCCGCCGCAAAGACGGAUUCCGCCGCGACCCCGGAGCAGAGCAAGACCAAGUCCGUGGUCAGCUACUGGGGCAUCGAGUCACGGAAGCUCGUCAAGCCGGACGGCACCGAGUGGCCGUGGUUCUGCUUCACGCCAUGGGACACGUACAGGGCGGACACGUCGAUCGACAUGGAGAAGCACCACAAGCCCAAGUCGGUCCCGGACAAGGUGGCCUACUACGCCGUGAGGUCGCUCCGGGUGCCCAUGGACCUCUUCUUCCAGCGCCGGCACGCGAGCCACGCGCUGCUGCUAGAAACAGUAGCCGCGGUUCCUCCCAUGGUGGGCGGCAUGCUUCUCCACUUACGCUCGCUCCGGCGCUUCGAGCACAGCGGCGGCUGGAUCCGGGCGCUCAUGGAAGAAGCCGAGAACGAGCGGAUGCACCUCAUGACCUUCCUGGAGGUGACGCAGCCCAACUGGUGGGAGCGAGCGCUCGUGAUGGCCGCGCAGGGGGUCUUCGUCAACGCCUACUUCGUCGGCUACCUGGUUUCCCCCAAGUUCGCGCACAGGUUCGUGGGCUACCUUGAAGAAGAGGCCGUGCACUCGUAUACCGAAUACCUCAAGGAUUUGGAAGCAGGGAAGAUCGAGAACACUCCUGCGCCGGCCAUUGCUAUCGACUACUGGCGCCUGCCGGCCGACGCCACGCUCAAGGACGUCGUCACCGUCAUCCGCGCCGACGAGGCGCAUCACCGCGACGCCAAUCAUUAUGCCUCGGAUAUCCAUUACCAGGGAUUGACGCUCAAGGAGACGCCUGCCCCGAUUGGGUACCACUAAAUCUCAAUGGACGUCGAUGCCUGCUCGGUUCACCACUGUUACCGCCGCCGCCGCCGCCGCCAAUUUUAUUCCCCGAUUUGGGACAAAUUGUUUUCGCUUGCAUUAUGUUCAUGUAAAUGAAUCGCGUCUCUUGCGGUCUUGCCACCGGUUUCGGAGAUCCUCUGACGCUGGUGACAUGUCCCCUAUGUAGACUGUAACGUUGUAAAUAUGAUAAGAUUAUGUGCCGUUAAGAAUUCUUUUAAUAGGCGUUUAAAUUUUUCAUCA